AUGCCGCACAUCGCCAUAGCUCUUGAGUCGACUCAAAAGGCACAUCGCCAUAGCUCGAUGCCACGGGCUCCCGCAUCCUCACUUACUUCCCCCUCCCCUCUCUGUGCCUCCCCUCGCCGCUCCGCCUCCCCUACUGCACCUACUGCACCUACUGCACCCCCCGUGUUUCGCCUCUCCUACUGCAUGCCUCGCCUGCUGCAUGCCUCGCCUGCUGCAUGCCUCAUCUGCUGCAUGCCUCAUCUGCUGCAUGCCUCAUCUGCUGCAUGCCUCAUCUGCUGCAUGCCUCAUCUGCUGCAUGCCUCACCUGCUGCAUGCCUCACCUGCUGCAUGCCUCACCUGCUGCAUGCCUCACCUGCUGCAUGCCUCCGCGCCUACAUGUGUCUGAGCCCUCGUCAUUUCUUCCUCUUUCCAUUGCUGCUCCAUCUCUUCUCCCAUCUCUCUUCCCUUCUCGCCUUUCUUUCUCCACCCUUGUCCUCGCCUAACCACUGGUUUCCAUCCACCUCCCUAUCACCCACUGUCCUGUCCACGCUCUUCCCCCACUCUUGCACCUCUUCUCCCACUCCUGCACCUCUUCCCCCACUCCUGCACCUCUUCCCUGCAUGCUUCCUACUCUACCCCCGCCCGCCCCUCCUCCCCCCUGCCCUCCAUCCCACCUUCCCUGCGGUUGGGAAUGGGUGGAUAGGGGUGCUGCGUGCAGUGGCGGCAUCUGAUGGGAUGCGUGGGGCAGCGUCAAGGCCACCUGGGGAGACGACAGAGGAGUGGGUGGGGUGGGUGGUCGUGCACUCCCUCCCGCCCCCUCACCUGCCCCAGGCACCCCUUCCACUUGGUGGUAAGCAGCACGCCCAUUGGAGAAGCGCGCUGAGCUCGGGGGACAUUGAUGCGGGGGAGGAGAUGGGUGUGAGGGAGGAGAUGGGUGUGAGGGAGGAGAUGGGUGUGAGGGAGGAGAUGGGUGUGAGGGAGGAGAUGGGUGUGAGGGAGGAGAUGGGUGUGAGGGAGGAGAUGGGUGCAGUGCAGCGAGGGGUGUGGAUGCAAUCACCAAGGCAAGCCCCCAUCGCGGCUCUCUACAGGCGCUCCUCCGCGGCCCCCUCUUGCGCCCCUCCUCUGGUCCCUGGUGGCGCGCUUUCCCCCUUUCCCUCUCUCCCGCCCUUCCUCACCCCUCCGCCUGCCCCUUCCCCCAUCCUCCGCACUCCUGCUCCGCUCCCUGUCGCCUCGUUUCCGCCAAACCCAAACCCCACGCGCCCGCAUUCCCCCUUCCCCCUCCCCUACCUACGCCUCCCCUCCCCGCUCCGCCUCCCCUUCCCAGUGAGUGAGGCCGGCCGCCACUGCUAA